CUCUCUUCUGGGCACAUCAAAGAUGCCUACGAAGCUGCAGAAAUUCUUCGAUUACGGAAAGCUGCAGGGUUACCAAUACCUAGACAGCCACAAUAUUCUCUCCUUUUUGCUAGUAACCGGAGGCAUCAUGGCCAUUGUUCUCAAUAUUCAACACCAGUACAAUAAUAUUAUUAUUGUGUGCUCUUUCUUCUUCCUUGUCAUCAUCAUCGCAACCUUCCACUACUUCAUGUCAAGGCGGCGGCCUCGCCCCGUGUACCUAGUAGACUAUGCUUGCUUCAAGCCUCCAUGCCAUCUCCGAAUACCCUGUGCCACCUUCAUUGAACAUGCAAGACUGAUAUUACCGGCGCAGCCCAAAAUAGUCGACUUUCUGAUGAAAAUCCUCGAGCGCUCCGGCCUCGGGGAGGAGACAUGUCUCCCGCCGGCUAUCCUUUGUAUCCCGCCGGAACCUAACAUGGCAGCUGCCAGAGAAGAGGCCGAGCUGGCCAUAUUCUCUGCCAUGGACUCUCUCUUCAACAAGACAGAAUUGAUGGCAAGAGAUAUCGAUAUACUGGUCGUGAAUUGCAGCCUCUUCUCCCCAAGUCCAUCCUUGUCGGCUAUGGUGGUGAACAAAUACAAUCUGAGGAGCAAUAUUAAGAGUUUCAACCUCUCCGGAAUGGGGUGCAGUGCUGGGUUGAUAUCCAUUGAUCUAGCUCGCCAGUUGCUUCAAGUUCAUCCCAACUCCAAUGCAGUGGUGGUCAGCACCGAGAUCAUCUCGCCCAACUGUUACAUGGGAAACCAGAGAUCAAUGAUUGUUCCCAGCUGUUUGUUCCGAAUUGGCGGCGCCGCCCUACUCUUAUCCAACCGGAAAGCCGAUCGAAACCGAGCCAAGUACAGUCUGGUUCAUAUGGUUCGAACCCACAAAGGAAUGGAAGACAAAGCCUACUCUUGCGUUCAAGAGGUAGAAGACCCAGAAGGGCACGUCGGAAUAUCGCUGUCGAUCGAUCUCAUGGCCAUCGCCGGCGAGGCCUUGAAAUCCAACAUCACCGCCAUCGGCCCUCUGGUCCUCCCAACAUGGGAGCAGCUUCGGUUUCUCGCCAGACUCAUUGCCCGGAAAAUCUUCAAGAAACAAGUAGAGCCUUACAUCCCAGACUUCAAGCAGGCCUUCGAGCACUUCUGCAUCCACGCCGGCGGCCGAGCGGUGAUCGACGAGCUGCAGAAAGGCUUGCAGCUGUCGCCGGAGCACGUGGAAGCUUCCAGAAUGACGCUGCACCGGUUCGGGAACACAUCUUCAUCGUCACUGUGGUAUGAAAUGAGCUAUAUUGAGGCGAAAGGGAGAAUGAAAAAGGGUGAUAAGGUUUGGCAGAUAGGGUUUGGAAGUGGAUUCAAGUGUAACAGUGCAGUGUGGAAAUGCAACAAAACCAUCGAAGCGCCGACAGAUGGGCCGUGGAUUGAUUCAAUUGACAGGUACCCUGUUCAUAUUCCUGAUGUGGUCAAGUGCUAAGUUGAAAUUGGUGUUCGUUUUCCCGGGAAGUUUGAUCUUUAUGGUUUCGGGUGUUGCUUCUGUUUUUGCUUCCGUUUAUCUAAUCUAUUUUAUAAAUAUUGUGGCGAGCUGUAGUAUAUGUCCACAAUAACUGUUCUCGAUGGAAGACAAGUAUACUGUAAUAUUAUUUGAUUUCUGUUGAGUGCU